AUGGCACCGGUUUUCUCCAGCAAGGCCCUCGUCGCCUUUCUCCUCCUCGGCAGCAGUACCUACGCUGCUCCCGUGAACCGCCGCCAGCUUCAUGGCGAGGGUGUGGCACUUGACGCGCUCCUCACUGAUACCGACAACGGUGUUGGAUACGGAAGCGAAAAUGCAGAGGACAAUCUCGCUUCUUUGAUCUCGUCCACCAAGCCUGCCACCAAGCGUCAACUCCAUGGCGAAGGAGUGGCAGCCGACGCCCUGCUUACCGAUACUGACAAUGGUGUUGGAUACGGAAGCGAAAAUGCAGAGGACAAUCUUGCAUCUUUGAUCACCUCCGUCAAGGGUGGCGCAAAGACCCGCCGUCAACUUGACAAGACCGCCAAUGGAUUAGGUGCAGUGCUGGACGCUGCCGGUGCUAACGAUGCGGCUGGCGUUGUUGUGCCACUACUCGACAACGUUGAUGGGCAGACCACCGACGAUGCCGCCAACAUCGGCACUCAGGUCGGUGGUGACGAAGAGACCAUCCUCGAGCAGGCUGGUUCUGACGUUCCAUCUCACACCCGCCGCCAACUCGACAAGACCGCCAACGGCGCAGGUGCAGUCCUCGAUGCCGCAGGCGCUAACGACGCUGCCGGUGUUGUUGUCCCACUGCUCGACAAUGUCGAUGGACAGUCCACAGAUGAUGCGGCCAAUGCUGGCACUCAGAUCGGUGGUGAUGAGGAGACUAUCCUCGAGCAAGCUGGCAGUGAUGUGCCAUCCCACACCAAGUAG